UAGUUGAAUCAGGCGUGCUAUUAGUGGAAUAAAUCAAAUAAGGGGAACGGAUGGGCGUAACGGGAGAUGUUUGGGAAAUUCUGAUCUAGAUGAUAAUGUCCUGAAUUAUAGGAAGUAUAUCGAAAAAAAAAUUGCUUAUGUUACCAAUAGUCAGGACUCAGGACUGCAAAAGUAUAUUUUACUUUGAUCGAAAACCAAUUAUAGGCCUAUGCUUCUUCAGUAAGUAAGAGAGACAUUCCAAUUAUUAGAUAUAUGUCAAUGCAUCUCUGGGCUAUAUAGCCUGUACAGUAGAUCGACCCUCUCCGCUGAGGAUGGUAGAUUCCAACCGUCUUUUAGCUCUAUGCGGCUCAUGCGGGCUCGCGGUGUAGAAUAGGUUGAUGCUUAACCUCGCGUGCGUUUGUUUACUAGGGAAGCCCGAAUACUGACUGUUCUUCAACCUUAUCCGCCCAUGUCUAGAAGCCCAUUCAUCGGAGUGAGUCGUUGGUAGUCAUUAAUACUUUAAAGAUUAUUAUAUGCUUCUCUAUCCUUUACUCUCAUAAAAAACAAAAGCUGCAUUUUACUGAAAGCAACGAAGCGAAAUAAACACUCACGACAGGACCGCGUGUUUCCGAGGGGACUAAAGUUCUUCAUACUGAUGCUGUGACAGAACGACGCAGUGAAACAAAGCACGUAUUUGUAAAAAAAUAAAAUAAAAAGGUGAGAGCCUUGACCUGAGCCAAUCCCCUAAGAGCAGCAGCGCCGGUCGAGAUGGACAUGAAGGAGCGUCCGCACCGCUCCCUGACCCGGGGCCGCUGCAGGAAGGACUUCCACCACGCCACUGUGUCCCUGCAGCCGGAGGAGUGCCACGUGGCCACCCAGAAGUCCUACAGCUCCAGUGAGACGCUCAAGGCCUAUGAUCGCGACACGCACCUGCACUACGGGGGCUGCGUGGCUGAGCUGGUGCACCACGAACACCAGGAGUACGUCCGACAAGGUGAGCUGGUGCGCCACGAACACCAGGAGUACGUCCGACAAGGGAGCUUCACGCUGGCGGAGCUGGGAGUGAGUGACCAACAGGCCCAGAACCAGGCCCAGACCCAGACCCAGCACCAGGCUGCCUACCACUCCUCUCACUCAGAGCUGGGCUUGCUGCAGCGGGGCUACUCCCUCAGCGCCGGCUCCGAUGCAGACUCCGACCCGGAGGGGGUCAUGUCCCCGGAGCGCGCCGUACAGCUGUGGGGGGGUCACGCGAUCAAGUCCCGCCGCAGCUCCGGCGUCUCCAGCAGGGAGAACUCGGCCCUCACACUCACCGACUCCGACAACGAACACAAGUCUGACGACGAGUCAGGUCGUCCCCUACCUCCCACACCUUCGUCCAGCCUGCUACCCCCCGCCCCACCUCCACCCACCGGUCCAUCCCAUCCUGCCCCCCCAGCCAUCAGGGAGUGCCAAGUGCCCCUGCUGGACAGCCGCGCCCCCCACGUCAUGCUGGACCCCCCUCCUGACGACGAAUUCUCCCCUAAUUCAUACCUACUCCGAGCCUGCGCCCCUCCACCCCAACCCCCCUCUGCGGGUCCUCCAAACCACCAUCACAGUCAGUCUCUGCGGCCGCCGCUCCCUCCUCCUCACAACCACCACCAGUCGUCUGCAAGCUCCCUGAACCCCAACACCCUGGCCAGCCGUCGCGGCCCAGCCCACGCCCCCUCGGCGGCCCCCGGGGAGGGUCCCUCCACGCCAGAGUCAGUCCAGCUUCAGGACAGCUGGGCGCUGAACAGCAGCGUUCCUCUGGAGACCAGGCAUUUCCUGUUUAAAACACCGUCCGGGACCACUCCCCUGUUCAGCAGCUCGUCUCCAGGGUACCCGCUGACAUCUGGGACCGUCUACUCCCCCCCGCCGCGGCUGCUACCCAGAAACACCUUCUCUAGGAGCUCCUUCAAGCUGAAGAAACCCUCCAAGUACUGCAGCUGGAAAUGUGCUGCCGUGUCGGCCAUCGCUGCUGCCAUCCUGCUGGUCGUGCUGCUCUCCUACUUCAUAGCUCUAAACUUGUUAGGGCUCAACUGGCAGCUGAAGCCGGCUGAUGGGCACCUGAUCAACAACGGCCUGAGCACUGAGCUGCCGGGCAUCAGCGACGUGGCAACAGUGCCCUCCGGAGGCAGAGGACCAUGGGUGUACAGGAACAGUAGUAUAAGUACAGGUGAGCUGGAGGUAGGUCGGCGGCUGAGCCAGGACGUCCCCCCAGGAGUGUUCUGGCGCUCCUUACUACACCUCCGCCAGCCCCUGUUCCUCAAGUUCAACAUCUCCCUGGGCAAAGAUGCACUCUUUGGGGUGUACAUCCGCAAGGGCCUGCCCCCCUCCCACGCACAGUAUGACUACAUGGAGCGUCUGGACGGGAAGGAGAAGUGGAGCGUGGUGGAGUCUCCUCGGGAGCGCCGCAGCAUCCAUACGGUGGUUCUGAACGAGGCCAUCUUUGUUCAGUACCUGGACCCUGGCACCUGGCAUCUGGCCUUCUACAACGACGGCAAGGACAAGGAGUCUGUCUCCUUCAGCACCGUGGCUCUAGGUGGGUGCUGUUAUUAUAUUUACCUGCUUUACACUUCUAUAUUCUCCUUGUAAAGCCAGGGCGGAACAUUUAGGAUUCUGGUAGAAAGAAAGAGAGAGAGAGAGAGAAAGAGAGAGAGCGAGAGAAAGAGAGAGAGCGAGAGAAAGAGAGAGAGCGAGAGAAAGAGAGAGAGAGCGAGAGAAAGAGAGCGAGAGAAAGAGAAAGAGAGAGAAAGAGAGAGAGAGAGAGAGAGAGAGCGAGAGAAAGUUUCACAAAUUCACCAUUCCAGGAUUGCAUCCCUGUUGGUCUGAUAGGCGUAGACUGAUAUUGGGAGUGAGCACUGAUAAAAGUGUUGGAAAGGAUAGAGAUUGAGUCAUGAAAGAGAUGUCUCCCUGUGGAGUAUCUCUCCGUCAGUACACAGCUCCUGUCACACAGUUGGCCAUCUCUGAACAGUAGACAAGCAUGCAACAGCUGAGAACAAACAAGAGGUAAAAACACAGGAAUGUUUCCCCCCACGUUGGUUUUUGAAGUAUUCAUGACUCUCUGGAGCCCCCAUCAAAGAGAACCCCUAUGUCCACACAGCACACGUGUCGGCUCUGUUGCAGUAAAAGCAUGACACAACAUCUUUGAUUUAGAGAUCCAUUUGAAUGAUAACCUUCUCUGAGGAGGAUGCUACUGAGAAGAGAAGCCAGGCCAACAGAACAGAAUUGGAGCUUGACCUUGACUGAAAGAGAGGAGGAAGAGAGCUUAGCUUGGCGACUGUAACUCCUAACUCUUCCCUAGAGUCCCUAGAGCCUAAAGACACACAUUGAUAUACAUGAGGUCAAAGCAAGCGUUUUGUAUUCAUACAGUAGACUCUCUUAGUAAAUGAAUACGAAUCUGCUCAUUGUUCAUUUGCCUUUUAUGCUUCCGUAAACCUCUAAUUGUCCGUGGGGAGGCACACACGACACGCAACAGUGGCUGGAGUAUAUCGUGGUGGAGUGGCCUCUCCCACUGCCAUACUGCCAUGGGGACACUGAGUGAUCGAAGCAAUUCAAUUACAGUAAUUGUACUUACCUCUGCAGUGGGGAUGAGUACUGGUGUAAUUAGAGAGGUUAUCACUUGUGGCAGGGGCUGUGGAGGGAGGACGAAGGGGUGUGAGGACAUUCGGGGUAUGCUAAGAAGUUGUAGUAUACUGAAUCAUUUAAAUAGUGUGUUUAGACAGUCACGCCACAGAGGCAUUUUGAAUUAUCUGUGCAGUGCAUGUUUUAUUUCUUAGCUAAUUGUCUCUCUGCUAAUGGAUGUUUACAGAUAAACAAUGGUCAUAAUAAUUCCUAAAUCUCAACACAUGCAUGUAUUACUUGCCGCCAGGAGCUGCCUACACAGUGUAGUGCCCGAGUUCAUUCUUCCAUCAAACACUAGUCGUUCUGCGUUAAACUCUAUUUUAACAGACUAUUAUAUUAGCUAUAGAAAGACCAGCAGGUUCAGCCUCCAGUAAAACUUUAAUGACUGUUAAUUAUUUAGAUGUAUCUAAUUAUGAAUGGUAGGGAGGCAAGAGGUGAUGAGGGAAGGAGUAUGCCUGAUCAAAACUGGAAAGAAAGGAGGUGUUAAUGAGAGGGAUAUUAGAGGAGGGAGAAGGAGAGGGAUAUUAGAGGAGGGAGAAUGA